AUGUCAAAUAACACACAUAUUGCAAGUGACGUUGUUUUUAUACCAGAUAUUCAUCGCGUAGUGUUAACUAUUGCGUACAGUAUUAUCGCUGCACUUGGCGUACCAGCAAAUCUUAUGAUCUUGAUAAUUAUUAUUUGGAAUAAAAAAUUGCGUCAGUUACCAUUAAAUCAGUAUAUAGUGACAUUAGCAUUCACAGAUCUCUUAACAUGUGGACUCUCAGCUCCAUUUUAUAUAUUCAGCUUAAAUGUUGUACCGAAUUCUGAUAUUUUACAAAGUGGUGUACUCUGUAAAGGGUUUUUAACUGUCACUUACUCAAGUGGAAUGCUUACUGUAUCUGCAUUGGCUGCGUUAAGCUUAGAUCGUUGCUUGGCAAUAAUCAAGCCGUAUUUAUACCACAAAUAUAUCACAAGUAAGAAGGUGUUCGUCUUAAAUAUUUGUCUAUUGAUACAAGUUGUCACAAUAAUGUUACCGGCCUCGAUUAUGAAGGGACUUAUUGUUAACAAUACAGUACAAGGACUGGUUUGCAUAUUGCUUAUACAGAAUAUGAAUUUGGUCCAUGUAACCCUUUGCAUCGUUGCAAAUGUGAUUUUUCCCUUGCUAUUAAUCACACUGUGUAAUACAAUUGUGUUUAAAAUAGCUAAAAAGCAAUAUAAAAAAAUUACAGCAGAUUUAGCACGUAACAGAGCAAAUACGACAAGUUGCUCAACAAGUGUUAUGUCAUACUCUGCAAGAACGAGCUCUAUUUGCACAAGUUUAGGAGUUGGUCGUGCAGGAAAGAUACAUGUGGUGCUUUCCACUCAAGUCGAAUCAGAGAACAAGCCUGACGAUACAUUGGAAGAGAGACAUGCCAAUAAGCCAAGUUUUGAAGUUACACAUCCUGCUCAAGAAGAAUGUGAUGGUACAGAAAAAUCUAAAACAAACAAGAAAAGCAUUUUGCAUUCGCUUAAGAGAAAAGAUUCAAAACACAAAGAGAAAGAUUUAAAAAGUUCAAUCUCUCGUUUCAAGUUUCAAUAUCGAAUUUACAUUUCAACUUUAUCAAUGAUCAUUCUACUUUUUAUAUUAUGGUCUCCAUUUCCAGUUAUCCGAGUAAUGGCAAUGUUGAGUUAUAAUGAGCUGGCGACACAUUAUGGUUUCUUAUAUAGUACACUGGGUACCACGAUAUUAUCGUUAAUAAAUCCAUUUGUUAUUUUUAUUACUAGAAGAGAAUUUCAAAAAUACGCAUGUUUCAAGCAAAGAAAAAUAACCCCAUAG